AGGGAUCCUCAACGCACAUCUCGGCAAUCGUGCGGUACCCACAAGUGACAUACGUCUACGUAAGCUUUGACCAACACUCUUGAAUUCGCCAUUAGAAGGCGAGAGCAUUUCUUCGGAAUCCCACAGGAGCAGGCUCAUGGCGUUGCCUGAGGCAGGCGAAUUCAAAGUCGCCCAAUUCAAGGUAUUCACGCAUCACGAAGUGAUUGGUGAUGCCGGAAGAGCUCCGAUUUCUGCCAAUGCUAUUUGCUAUCUCCUGGCGUCCCAUGCAAAUGUUUGGCGCGUCCUACAUAUCAUCCUGACAGGUACAUGUACCCCUCCGAUUAAGCCAGUAAUAUCACCGAGCCUCGGCACAUGGGAUUCCGCGCACUCGGUGUCCGCCGAAUCCUGCACAGCCUGAUUCUGUGUCGGUGCGGCCCCACAUACAGUUCAUAUGCACCGCAAGAUCGACCAGACCCUCCCACGCAACUCCUUCGCCGCUGAGAAGCCUGUACCCUUCUACAUAGCAAAGAUCUGGGGCAGUGAUGAAAGGUGGUUAAAAUUGCGUCACGGAGACGCCACGAGACCCGGAGUGGAUAUGUAUCGCGAUUCGGGGAAGCGACAAUGCACAGCUUCUACCUUUUUGAGUAGGUUUCCCAUAUGUUUCGGAGGGAAGCUGCCACCACGUUCCAGUGAC